AUGUCCCGUGAUUCGGCUUACUCGUACGCACAUUUGAACAGCCUGAGCCAUGUUUUGCAUAUGGAACUAUGGAAAGAAGCUCCUAUUCCCUACGACGAUAUCGAUACGCUGUCGUUGAUGGAAGCCACUGCAAAUGUGCUUCCCCACCUCCUACUCGAUGAAGAUGACGAAGAUGGUCUUGCUAUGAACUUGUCGGUUACAGGGUCCAAAAUGACGAAAAAUCGAAGACAAUUGCACCAGAACCGCUGGAUGGACUUGAGUCUUCGUGAUCGAUACUUGAAUUCAGAUUCCGAUUUGCAAAAGACCCACGAUACCACAAUUCUUACUCCCAUGUUUACCGAGCAAAAUGCCGAAAUAGAGGACUCAGGGGCUCUCUUGGCCGACUUCUUGGCUAACGGUCGUACCCAUUUGCGUCAGGAAGUAAUUGGCUCGCCAGACGAGUUUAACGAUUCUACAGCUGGAGCUGACAUUUCCGCCAACAUUAGCACUGACAUCUUAUCGCACCAAAACAACACAUUUUCGUUCAAAAUACGGUCCAAUUCGGGCUCGGGUCCAGCACAGACUCCGCGGGUGCGUUCUCGCCAUCCUUCGGCCGACACAAAAGGGUUUCAGACCCCCAUUGCUCGGUCAAUGAGGUGA